GGGCACAGCUUCUUUAAAUCCAAUUUUCCCUAGCUACAAAAUAUACCCAUUCACGUGUAUCGGUCAAAGCACCAUUCUUCUUCCUCUCUCCAUCACACCCUGCAGAGAUACCUACCAUAUUACUCUACAUACCAUAAAUCUCCCAUAUAGAAAGAUUUGCGACAAUGUCUGUCGAUCUCAACAAGGACCUCGUCGCUCUCACCUGUGCUAGCGGCAAACAAUGCUCCCAGCUCAUUCCACUACUCUACAACAGAUGGAGAAACAUCCGACUUAUCGUCCACAGUCCUAGUUCAGAGACCCGUCUGCGGACGCAAUACCCCAACGCUGAGAUCGUCCGCGCCGAUAUGACACGAGCCGACGAUGUCGACCGAAUCAUAGCCGGAGUGACUACUCUUGUCCACAUUGGACCAAGUUUCCACCCCCGAGAGACGGAAAUAGGAUACUUGAUGAUCGACGCAGCUAGUCGUUAUCAAGUUCAAAACGGAGGUGUUUUCAAACACUUCAUCUACUCCUCGGUCCUCCAUCCUCAAUUGAGAAAAUUGAUGAAUCAUGACUGCAAGCGCUAUGUGGAGGAAUAUCUCAUUGAGUCCGGACUCAGCUAUACUAUUCUACAACCGAGUCAUAUGCUGAAUAUGUUCCCCGUGGCGCCCUUGCUGGAACAGGAUGAACCGGUGUUUUAUGCGAAUUAUAACCCCGAGAUUACUUUCUCGUUUACUAUCUUGCAGGAUCUGGCUGAGGCGUUUUGCAAGGUCAUUGAAGAAAGAGAGAAGCAUUAUCUUGCGGAAUAUAUGCUUUGUUCGACCGGGCCUAUCUCUUACAUGGAUGUUACUGCUACGCUAGGGAAGGUGAUUGGCAAGUCAAUCCAGAUCAAAACGAGGGAGUUUUAUGAUUCUGUUGAGUUUCUGGAGACUAUGGUGUUGGAAGAUCCGAAGAAGGCACAUCGAGUGGCUCGCGAUGGGAUUCAGCGGUUGCAACUAUAUUAUAACUUUUAUGGAAUCAAGGGGAACAUGAAUGUGCUUGAAUGGUUAAUUGGCAGAAAACCAACAACGGUGGAAGACUUCUUUCGGGAAAGAGUUUCUCAGUUGCGGAAGGGAGCCUGAACUUGAAGAAAUAAGAUCUAGCGAGGAUGCGAGGUUCCUUCCCUUUGGCAAAGUAUGAAAAAAAUACAAUUAUAUGCAGUAUCAAUUAGGUAGGCAGUAUAUAUAAAGUAGAACAGGAUCAGAAGAGUUAUCCAUUUUCGCACACGCGCCCACCCUCCAAUGCUUGCAAGACACUGAUGCUCAAGAAACAGCAAAUAAAAGAACAAAAAAGGAACAUGAAACAAAGUGGAAAAUAUCGACAUUGCGUCUCCCCAUGCAGUGUUAACGCAGAAAUAUAGAAAUGGUGUGCACAUAGAACACCAAGCACCGUCAAUCCUGCAAUGAUACCUCAAAACCACCGGUGUUGAAGACGAAAGCGUCAAGUGAUAACUCGUGUUGACCCCCAUCACCACCGCAUGCAACAUGCUCAUGUAAG